UUUUGUUUGUUUGUAGCAUUUCGCUGCGCGGGGAAGUGCGGAGCGAGCGACAAGGCGCUGUCGAGGCGCCAGGGCAAAUCCAGGGCGGAGGUGCUGUGCCAUCGCAAGCGCCGCGCAAAUCUCUGCUGCUGUCCAGGGCUACGGCGGAACCGGCGCUCUCCUGAAAGGUAUGGCGCCUUCUCUUCCUCCUCAUUCGCUCUUCUUCCAACUGGGGGUUUCUUCACAUCGAAAUUUCGCUCUUUCCCAUGCUCUGCCUCGAAAUUUCGCCCGAUUCUCAUGCGGGAGGGUCUAGAAAUCUCUCACAUUGCUGGCCUGUACUAGGAUUUCUCGAUAUUUCAUUCCAGUUUCACCAGAUUGACGCGGGUGCUUGGGGGUUUUCCUUGUCACGGGUCGGAUGGCAGGUCUCGGGAGGGACGAGGCAGCGGUCUCACCAUCGAUCAAUCGAUUCUCGCGGAAAAAGAACCCAAAGAUUGCCAAUCGGUGGCACCAAUGUGGUCUAUCUCUCGAGCCUCUGUGGUAAUGGUAACGGUGGCGUUGGUGCUACCACCGGUGGCUACCACAGGUGUAACCAUUCGUGCCAGGUCGAGCACGUCUGGGCCAACCUCUACCGCUGCCUCUCCACUGGGAGCUCUCACGUCUGUGACAAGAAUUGCAACCAGAGGAUCCUGUAUGAUGUGUACAGUAGCAUUUGCCGCGUGAGUGGCCAGAUCUUUCCACUGACGCUGGCGGAGCAGGAGGCGGCGAGGGGCGUGAGGAGGAAGAGGGAAUCUUCCACCGCUGCCAUGGCGGUGAUCCCCUCGAGCCCGUCCAGCAGUGAUGGAGGAGGAUUCGAGAGGUGUGUGAAGCGGCGGUGUGAGACCAGGCCUUUUGAGUUAGAGCGGUUCCGCCAAAUCGCUGUUCCGGCGUCCGGCGGCCAUGGCCAAGCCAGUGCCAUGGACUUGAGCUGAGAGUAAGAGAAGACUGGAAUAUUCAAAGAUCCAUAUAACGAAAAACGGCAUAUCCAUCCCGUAGCAUAUUCUAAA